AUGCUUACUCGUGCUCUCCGUGCCUCCGCCCUCGGGCGCGGGCGAUUGGCCCCCGUAGCACGGACAAGAUUCGCUCGCACGUUCGCUACUCCCGGCGACCACAAGCCCUCGCCGGAGCAGAAGCCGCCCUCGGACAAGAAGACGGAGGGGAAGAAGGAUGGCGAGGUUAAGGAUGAGGAGAAGCCGUCGGAGGAGCAGCAGAGUGCGGCUGAGCAGCGGAAGGAGGAGCCGUUGAAGGGCCUCGAAGGCUUUUUCCAGCGAUACCACCAACAGCAGCAGCAGAGGCCCAACGAGAACGAGGAGAACCGUCGGGACGACAAGGACUCCAACCAGAACGAACAGCGACCACCCCCUCCACCGGACAACGAACCCAACUUCAACGGCAACCAACUCGUCAUCCUCGCCACGACCGCCGCCGUAUUGUACGCUCUCAAUUCAUCCAACUCUUCCUCCCGCGAGAUCACCUGGCAAGAGUUCCGCACCGCAUUCCUUGACAAGGGCUUGGUAGACAAGCUCACCGUCGUGAACCGGACCAAGGUCCGCGUCAAGCUGCAUUCCAAUGCGACGGGCACGAUGUACCCCAGCGCGGCUCUGGGCGGCGGGGACUACCACUUCUCCAUAGGGUCCGUGGAGGCGUUCGAACGCAAACUCGAUGAGGCACAGCGCGAGCUGGGUAUCCCUUCGCACGAGCGGAUACCUGUCGCAUACCAAGACGAGGUCUCUGCUUUCAGCUACCUGAUGAACUUCGCGCCCACACUCCUCUUCGCGGGUGUCCUCUUAUACCUGUCACGGAAGGCCGGUGGGACCGGAGGCGGCGGCGGUGUUUUGGGCUUUGGGAAGUCUCGUGCAAAGAUGUUCAACCAGGACACGGCCGUGAAGGUCAAGUUCAAGGACGUAGCGGGUAUGGACGAGGCCAAACAGGAGGUCAUGGAGUUCGUAUCUUUCCUGAAGGAGCCCGCCAAGUACGAGAAGCUCGGUGCAAAGAUCCCUCGCGGUGCUAUCCUAUCCGGGCCUCCUGGUACCGGUAAGACCCUUCUGGCCAAGGCGACUGCGGGAGAGGCGAACGUUCCCUUCUUCUCUGUAUCCGGCUCAGAGUUCGUGGAGAUGUUUGUUGGUGUCGGGUCGUCUCGGGUUCGCGACCUUUUCGCAACGGCGAAGAAGAACGCACCGGCCAUCGUCUUCAUUGACGAGAUCGACGCCAUUGGUAAGGCUCGUGGGGGCAAGCGGUCAAUGGGCGGUAACGAUGAGCGGGAGAACACGCUCAACCAGCUCCUCGUCGAGAUGGAUGGGUUCGGCACGAACGAGCACAUCGUCGUACUUGCCGGUACGAACAGGGCAGACGUACUCGACCCUGCACUCAUGCGUCCAGGUCGGUUUGACCGGCACAUUGCCAUUGACCGGCCCGACGUUGGCGGACGGAAGGGCAUCUUCCUGGUGCAUCUCAAGCCGCUGAAGCUGUCGGAGAGACUCCCGGAGAUCGAUACAUUCGCGCAUAAGCUCGCCGUGCUUACGCCUGGCUUCUCCGGUGCCGACAUCGCCAACGUGUGUAACGAGGCCGCGCUGCACGCAGCCCGUAACUCGCACGAAGUGGUGGAGGAGUCGGACUUCGAGAGUGCGAUCGAGCGGGUGAUCGUCGGCUUGGAGAGGAAGAGCAGAUUGCUGAGCCCCGACGAGAAGAAGACGGUUGCGUACCACGAAGCUGGCCACGCAAUCUGCGGUUGGUUCUUGGAGCACGCAGACCCUCUGCUGAAGGUCAGCAUCAUUCCAAGAGGCGUUGGCGCACUUGGAUAUGCGCAGUAUCUCCCCCCUGACCGCUAUCUCCUCUCCAUCCCACAAAUGCUGGACCGGAUAUGCAUGACGCUUGGUGGACGUGUAUCAGAGGAGAUCUUCUUUGGCGUUGGGAACGUCACCACGGGCGCGCAGGACGAUCUCCAGAAGAUCACCCGGAUGGCGUUCGAGGCCGUAUCGAACUAUGGUAUGAACGAUGUCGUCGGACCCGUCAGCUAUGGUGGUGCGAGUGCCUCGGACGAGCGGUUGCAGAAGCCGUUCAGUGAGAAGACCGGCGAGAUGCUGGAUGCGGAGGUCCGCAAGAUGAUUGUGAAUGCGCAUCAGCGGACGACAGGACUCCUCACGAAGCACAAGGAGGAUGUUGACAAGGUGGCCAAGCUGCUGCUAGUGCGCGAAGUUAUCACUCGCGAGGACAUGAUCAGGCUCCUCGGCCCACGACCAUUCGCAAACCGCAAGGACGACAUGGACAAGUGGCUCGACGAGAACCGGAGUCGGGAGAGCAGUGCGCCGCCACCACUCGAGACACCCGAUGAGAAGGCGCCUGCACCAGCAGCAACAUCACGGGUGGAGGAGCCAAGGCUAUAG